UUUUGACAUAGACAAGGUCAAAUUUGUCUAAAAUUUAUUUUAGAAAAUUAUCUUUCGCGGCUUCUACAUUUACACUUAAUUUAAGAUACAUUUUAUAAUAUAAAAUAGUAAAAAUGACUCUUAACAAACUAAGUAUUGAUGCCCUAAGUCUGGGUGGUAAAAGAGUACUGAUGAGGGUGGAUUUCAAUGUACCAUUAAAAGAAGGAGUAAUCACCAAUAAUCAGCGCAUUGUAGCUGCUCUGGAUUCCGUCAAAUACGCCCUAGAAAAGGGUGCUAAAUCUGUAGUUCUUAUGUCACAUCUCGGGCGACCUGAUGGACAAGCAAACUUGAAAUACACACUAAAACCCGUUGCAGAAGAACUUAAGAAGCUAUUGAAUAGAGAUAUAACAUUCCUUCCUGAUUGCGUUGGAUCAGAAGUAGAAGCCGCCUGUGCUGAUCCCCCUGUAGGAUCAGUUAUACUUCUUGAAAAUCUUCGUUUCCAUAUUGAAGAAGAAGGAAAAGGUGUCGAUGCCAGUGGAGCUAAAGUAAAAGCCGAUGCUGAAAAAGUGAAGGCAUUUAGAGCAAGUCUCAGAAAACUUGGUGAUAUCUACAUAAAUGAUGCCUUUGGCACUGCACACAGAGCUCACAGCUCCAUGAUGGGAGAAGGCUUUGAGCAGAGAGCUAGUGGAUUUUUACUGAAAAAGGAACUUCAAUAUUUUGCCAAGGCUCUCCAUGAACCAGAAAGGCCAUUCCUUGCAAUUCUCGGUGGUGCUAAAGUAGCAGAUAAAAUUCUACUCAUUGAAAACUUGCUGGACAAAGUUAAUGAGAUGAUCAUUGGAGGAGGAAUGGCUUUCACCUUCCUUAAAGAAACCAAGGGCAUGGCUAUUGGAAAUUCCUUAUAUGAUGCGGAGGGUGCCAAAAUUGUAACAAAGUUGUUGGAGAAAGCAGCUAAAAACAAUGUUAAGGUUCACCUGCCGGUGGACUUUGUGACUGCAGACAAAUUUGGUGAAGAUGCUCAGGCUGGAUUAGCAGAUGUUGAAUCUGGUAUCCCCGAUGGUUGGCUCGGACUUGAUGUUGGACCCAAGACUCAGGCACUAUUUGCUGAACCUAUUGCAAGAGCUAAAGUUAUCGUUUGGAACGGGCCACCCGGUGUGUUUGAGUUCGAGAAGUUCGCGGGAGGCACCAAGGCUCUCAUGGACGGUGUCGUGAAGGCUACCGCUAACGGAACCGUCACUAUUAUUGGUGGUGGUGAUACCGCUACCUGCUGCGCUAAGUGGGGCACAGAGGACAAAGUGUCACACGUGUCUACCGGCGGUGGAGCCUCGCUUGAACUGUUGGAAGGAAAAGUCCUUCCCGGUGUAGCAGCUUUAUCCGACGCCUGAAUAUUAAGAGCAAAAGUUAACUAAUUACAGUAGAAAUAAUAAUAAUAAUAAUAUAACAUCUUAUUGUUUAUUCGCUUAUUUUAGUUCCUAGAAAAUAUUUUGAUAAUUUAUAAUUCAAUACGGUGAAUAUAUAUUUUUAAUUAUUCAAAUAAUAAAAAAAAAAAUCAUCUUGACAAUAUUGUUUAUAAUUUACAUUUAGUAUUGCACUGAAUAACUUAUAAUACAAAAAGAAGUGCUAUCGAAUAUAUUAUAUACUAGAAAUUGUUAUCAUACAUUCAAUCGAAUAAGUUUAAAUGUUUGAAACAUUUAAAACGAAAUAUUGUAAAAUUAUGUUAUUUUUAAUUUAUAUAUAAAAGUGGAAAAACAAUGUCAUGUGAAAAGCGUAUUUAUUGAGUGUUAAGAAUAAAUAUUGAUACAUAU